AAAGGGAAAAAAUACACAGAACGAGAGAGACGGAGGAGAGAGAGGCGAAGAGUCGGAGCAGAAUCGCCUUAAAUCCGUCGACAUCCCGUGCACCGACCGCCUAUCCCGAGCUCGGAAUUGUUUAGAAUUUAGCCCAUAAGAGCCCUCCACCAGACCAGGCAGAUAGGGAGAGGAGCAGAGAAAAAUUUCCCUACUAGAUGACAUUUCAUCGCAAUGUCCGAUCGUUUGGGGCAGAUAUCCAAGGGAAAGGAUGGGAAAAGCAAGUACUCGUCUCUCAACCUGUUUGACAAGUAUAAAGGGAAGUCAAUAGAAGCAGUCAGAACCACAGUUAUACCUAGACAUGGCCUACAGAGUCUUGGGAAAGUUGCUGCUGCCCGGCGUAUGCCACCUCCCGCAAACCUGCCAAGCUUGAAAUCUGAGAAUAAAGGAAACGACCCAAAUAUAAUUAUCGUGCCCAAGGACGGAACAGGAUGGGCAAACAAACAGGAGCAGCCAGACCAAAAGAGUUCCAGUGUAACAGUUCCUGCGCCGCAGGAGUCGCAGCAGCCGCAGGGUUCGCAGAAGUCUCUCUCCAAUUUACAGAAGCCGAACCCAGUGAUAAAUCAGGAGAAUAUAAGUUUAGUGCCAGGUGGGCAAAGGUCAUGGGCACAGCUGAAUGGAAAGCCAGCCGGACACGAAGGUGGUUCAAGGGGCUCAAACCGACUGUUGUCCUUCUCUCCCGAGGAAUUUCCAACGCUGAAAGCAGCUGGCGAGCAAGACAAGGCUGGCAAAGAAAAGAACGUCUUAGAUCCAUCGUAUGGGCCCGGACCAAGCCUCCGCCCCCAGAGUAAGCCCCUCGCCCUGCUUCCCGAUGUCACCAGUUGGAGGGAGGGCGGUUCGAGAAACAUUUCUGGCAUCUCUCCAACCGUCUCUCCUACUGAGCCGGGCAGCAAAACCACCGCCGUUUCAGGAGACGGCAGCUCCUCCUUAGCACUUGCAACCGACACCAAGGAGCUUUCGCUGCGCCCAGCUCAACCCAACCGAAAAGCGGCUUCACAGUUCAUGGGGAACACAUACCAUCCACCGACUUACCAUGAUAUGUUACCGGCUUUUAUGUGCUCUCAGCAGCCAUCAGAACCCGCUGGGACAUCGGACCGUGCUUCCUUUCCUGUCCUCGCAGCUUCCCAACCUCGCCUUGAACCUCGUGUCCCAUUUCGGCAGUACCAGAUGAAUGACCACGAUGGAAAAGAGAACCGGUUUCCGGGAGGUCCACCUCGUUCCGUACGUCCGCUGCGACCACAGCCGGAGAGGACGCAGAGACCCACGAUCAUUAAUGCCGAAGAUCUCAAGGAGUUAGAUGACCUUGACAAUGAUGCAGAGGACGGCUGGGCUGGUCUACAGGAUGAAGUGGAUUAUUCAGAGAAACUUAAAUUCAGUGAGGAUGAAGAUGAAGAGGAGGCAGCCAAAGAUGCCAGAACUAAAUGGAACGGCUGGGACGGCAGGAGGCAACGUCAGGUCUCUUUCACUUCCACGGACAGUGCCGAGGCCAAGUAUCCAAUAGAAGAGGGGAAAAUCAGGAGUGAUCCGCUGGUUCAUCCGCGACCUAUCCGGAGGUCACAGGAGCCUCUGCAGCAAGGCUCUCGAAAACCAAGCAGCUGGGCAGCUGUGGCGGAGCACCAGAAGCCUGCUGCCCCUGCUACGAUUUUAAGACAGCAGUCUGCCGAAGAGAAGGAAGACAAACCGCCGCCACGGCAGAAGUUUGUCCAGUCCGAAAUGUCGGAGGCAGUGGAGCGCGCACGCAAGCGGCGCGAAGAGGAGGAACGGCGUGCCCGGGAGGAGCGCCUGGCCGCGUGUGCCGCCAAACUAAAGCAGCUGGAUCAGAAAACAAAACCGACUCCAAAAUCGCCAGGAGAUGCUCCGAGGCAAGCGGAGAACAAGGAGAAUGAGGACCCUCGAUCUCCAGUCUCUGACCGGAGCGGCUCCCAGGAGAAUAGUCACGCUUCUCGGAGAGAAUACUCCACCCCGGAGCACCUGCCCGAUUAUCCUGAUGAAGAACCUCCUGUAGCACAGAGGGUAGAAUCGAGUAGUGAUGAGGAUUACCCAGAAUCCACUUCUCCAGUGCAGGAAUUCAAUAAGCACCAGAAGCUCAUCCCUCCGCGGUUUCAGAGGCAGCACCAGGAGCAGUUAUACAAGAUGCAGCAAUGGCAGCAGCAGCACCAGCAGCAAGCUGCAGCAUACGUGGCGUCUUCCCAUUCCAAUCCGCCGCGCACUUUCUAUUCCCAUCAUCCGCAGAUGUUGGGGUUUGAUCCUCGCUGGAUGAUGAUGCCUUCGUAUAUGGAUCCACGGAUGACUCCGGGUCGUGCCCCCGUGGACUUCUAUCCCCCAUCCAUACACCCUCCAGGUGUGAUGAAACACAUUAUCCAGCAAGAGUCUAUGAGCAAUGAGGAAUGCCAAGCGGACAGGAGACCCCCAUCAACAGAACCAGUGUCCACAUGGAGCCCAGAUGGCUGUGUCCAUUUACAGAACAAGGUCUACUCGGUCCCCCAGCAGAAGCAGGCUGAGAACGCAGCGGAUUGUAGUUACCGGAACGAAAGCUCUUACUCUGUCUCAAGGGAAAGGUCAGAGGGUGUACACACCCACCACGGACCCUUAGAAGAGCGAGACGGGGACUAUUUAGCAUCCAGCAGUUAUGAAAAGAAAUCCUCUGGAAGUAUAACCAGCUGUCUUUCACCUCAAAGAAGAGGGCAAGAUGCUCUGUACCAGCCCAUUCAGCCUUCAGAGUCUGGCAUUAAAAUGGGAAACCAUAUUGGUGCAAGGGAUUCAUCCACAAGGGGCUCAGAGUUUGGCAAAAAUGAUAAAAAACCUCAGUUCAAAGGUUGGGGCUAUGUAAAUAAUAAAUCAUCAGAUACAACAAGCAGCGCAGAAGAAGAGGCACAUAAGGAGGAGCAAUUAUUGGAUGCUGGUUCAUGGAAGAAGGAAGACUGUGGUUAUCAGGAUAACACAGAGGAAGGUCAUUGGCGAGGUGAUUCCACCAAAUCUAGUAACCAACAGCAGUCCGAAAGCCUUGGCAGGAGUCGAAGGUCUGGUCCGAUAAAGAAACCGGUUCUCAAAGCACUUAAGGUGGAGGAGAAGGAGCUGGAAAAAAGCAAACCAGAAACUAAAGAUCAGGUUAAAACGACAAAAGAAAAACUUAUUUCGAGACCCGACAAUGCUGUCAAAACAGAUCUGACGGUUCCGUGCUCCCCUUCAGUCCCGUCGGAAGAAAAAAGCGCUUUCCCCUCUAAUAACGUUCAGGAAACUGAGAUCCCUCAAGAAAAAGUUGAAAGAAGCUGGGAAAAUAAGCCUUCUCGGGAGUCUACUAGCGUGCCCCUGACAAAAAGAAACAACUGGAUUUUCAUUGAUGAAGAGCAAGCGUUUGGCACCAGGUCUCAGGGCCGUGGAAGAGGCAGGGGUUUUAGAGAUUUUGGCUUUAGAGGCCGUGGCGCGGUCGGCCCAUAUGCUGGGCAGAGAUUGAGUAGAGGAAGGGGCGUAAGGGACUUCAACCCUCCGGAAGACUUUAGAGGCAAGGUUUCCCGCAGACGUGUAGCUAGCGAAACCCACAGCGAAGGCUCAGAGUAUGAAGAGCUUCCCAAACGUAGACGUCAGAGGGGGACGGAGAAUGGGAGCGAACCUCCCCUUUUAGAAAAGGAAGACGAUGUAAAAAAGGGUGACUUCCAGGAUUCCUGGAGGUCCAAUAGAAAUUAUUCCGAUGAUCCCAACGCUACAGAUCCAAAGGCCAGAGCCCCGCGUGCUUUUGGAAGAUCCCUUCCCCCAAGGCUGAGUAACAGCUACGGAAGAAGGCCGUUCACCUCCAAAGAGUCUUCUAAUUGGCAACCCAAAUCGGGAGGCUCUACCUGGCAAGAGUAUAACCCGUCGUCCGAGUCUUACGGGACCCGUCAGAACACAGAGAGGGACUAUGUUCAGGAUCGUAGGUAUUCAGAUUCUUAUUCUGGUAGAGGUUUUGACGAAACCCAAGGUGACAGGCGACCGUUCUUCCAAGACGAAUAUUUAGAUCGAGACAAUUUGGAGAAGCGGUCUUUUGGUAGAAGGCGCCCUCCUCGUCAAGACAAACCUCCGAGGUUUAGACGUCUCAGACAAGAAAGGGAAACCGUCGGCCAGUGGAGCGGUGAAGAGGUGAGCGGUACCGUGAACAGCCACGAUCACUGGCAUGUGCGCCAAAAGGUGUCAUUAGGGGAGAAAUCUGGCACAUCUACAAGGAGGUCUCCUGAAACCUCUUACCGUAACUCUGAACAUGUGAACGAAGAGUGGGAAACGGCAUCGGAAAGCAGUGAUUUCAGUGAAAAGAGGCCUGUGGACUUGGAGGGCGAUGCAAAUGUAUCUGGAAAUGGGUUCUCUGAAAAGAGAGAAUUGUCCAAAAGGAGCUUUUCCAGCCAGAGGCCUCUUGUGGAUCGUCGAAAAGUUGAGCCUUCUGGUUACGAUGAAAAACCUUCAAGAGUCGGUGGGAAUUCUUCCCGUAACGAUUACCAGCAGAAUGGUGUCCCGCUAAAGGGCAGUCGAUGCUCUGACGACUCCUACUCCCAAGAGAGCAGCCGCCAUAGAUACAGCUUGGAGCACUCAAUACACGGUGACCAUGGAGAUUCUUCUGGAAAAAACCAUGAAAGGGACUCCAGGCCAUGUGGGCUGAAGGCUAAAGAGCAAGCAGAGACUAUAGCGCAGUUUGAUAUGAAAUACAGCGAUCUGGUCUUGGACGAAGACUCCGAAGUAGGAGGAGAUGGUUAUCCUGACGCGGUCAAUAAGCCAAGUCGCGUGCUGGACAAAGACCAUAAGAAAAAGGACCAGAUGGUUCAGGUUUCGUCGAAAGGCAACAGCAUCCAGUCCAGAAUUCCUCCUCGAUUUGCCAAAAAGCAGAACGGCAUGUGCCUGGAUCAGAACAGUGUUAACAGCAAAGAGAUCUGGGAGAAUAACAGCCAAGGUAUGUCUGUUCAGUCUGGCAGUGAUGCCUGGAACAAGCCUGUGAGUGCCUUUAGCACGGAGUCCAGCUCCUCGGAGGGCUUCAAAUCAAGUCAAGGUGACAGCGGCAUUGACCUAAGCGAGUCUCGGGAGUCAUCUGCAACGUCGUCUCAGCGUAGCUCCCCAUAUGGCACCAUGAAACCCGAUGAGAUAAACGGCACGAGUAUGGUGGAGUCCAAGUCAGAUUGCCCUAAAGAUCAAGGACAGAAACAAGCAGACAGAAAGGAUUCUGAAGCUGGUUCGGUGGUGAACAAAGACCACAAGCCUGGUCCCAUUGGGAACGAGCGCUCUCUAAAGAACCGAAAAGGCUCCGAAGGCACCGAGCGUUUAGAAGGCAGCGUCCCUCCGGUUAACGGGGUUGAAAUCCAUGUGGAUUCUGUCCUCCCAGUUACACCAAUUGAGUUUGGAGUAAGCGCAAAAGAGGCAGACUAUUCCUUACCUCCCGGGGGAGCUCCUGGUUCUACGGCUAACACAGUCACAAAACUUCAGGACGCUCUGGCUAACAAAGCAGGGUUAACACAAUCCAUACCUAUUCUGAGAAGAGAUCACCAUCUCCAGCAGGGCAUGAGCCUGAAUCCAAUGUCCUACCCCACUGCUGAGCUUACUCUGAAGAUGGAGUCUGCACGCAAAGCUUGGGAAAACUCACCCAGUUUGCCAGAGCAAAACUCCCCCGCGGGCUCUGGCUCGGGAAUCCAGCCCCCCUCCAGUGUAGGGGCUUCCACUGGGGUUAACUACAGCUCGUUUGGUGGGGUCUCAAUGCCGCCCAUGCCCAUUGCCUCAGUGGCCCCGUCUGCUUCCAUGCCAGGUAACCACAUCCCUCCUUUGUACCUAGAUGGCCACGUGUUUGCUAGCCAGCCUCGUCUGUUACAACAGACUAUACCUCAGCAGCAGGGCUACCAGCAGGCGGCAGCGGCUCAGCAGAUCCCCAUCUCACUUCACACAUCGCUUCAAGCUCAAGCCCAGCUGAGUUUACGAGGCGGCCUCCCCGUCUCCCAGUCACAGGAGAUGUACAGCUCCAUGCAGCCGUUUAGGUCCCAGGUGUAUAUGCACCCCAGCCUCUCUCAGCCCAGCACCAUGGUACUGACCAGCAGCACCGGUCUCAAGCCGCCGUACACCCAGUUCCCAGGCAUGCAACCCCUGGAGAUGGUGAAAACCCAGGCUGCCUCUUACCAGACCAUGAACGGAAGCCAGCAGCUGGUGUACGAGAGCCAGCUGAACCAGGCCGCGGGGUUGGGAGCCUCUCAGAUGAUGGAUUCCCAGCUGACGCAGUUAACCAUGUCGCAGCUCCAGAUGCCCCGUUACGGGUCUGGCCAGCAGGCGAUGCUCCUUCCACAGUCCAUUCAGUUACCCCAAGGGCAGAACUUGCCAGUGGGGGCUCCGCGCAGGAUGCAGCCCUCCAUCAUGACUGCAAGCAGAGAGUCCUCCCAGAUGGAGAUGAAAGGUUUUCAUUUUGCAGACGGCAAACAGAACAUGCCCUCCAUACAAACGCAGCACUCCUACCGGCCCAAUUCAGCUAGUCCCAGUGGAAAGUCACCCGGAGCGGGGCACUCUGCCAACCUGGGGUCUGUGCAGGGACACUAUCCUCAACAGGUAAAACCGAGAUCGGAUGACGGCAAAAGCUGCCUGGCGUCCCCCAAACUCCCUGAGCAGCCGUCGCCAAAUCCGAUGAAGCCGGUCCGCACGGGGGCCAUCAAACCUCAGAUGGUGAAGGUGGAAGAAAGCAAAGCUUAAAAGCGAAGUCUGUAUAUACCAACCGGUUUUCUCCAUCUCGCAUCUGAAGCCGUCAGCCCCGGCCUCCAUGU